CCUGUAGUAGAUUCUGUAAUUUAGCGUGUCGCAUCAAGAGUCCUGAAGCGGCGGAAGAGGCAUGAUUUUCCAAGCGCAGUCUUCUCUUUAACCGCGCAUAGACAGACACACGCACGACUAGCGAACACACGACCAGAUUGUAACGUUUUUCCUCGUUUUCAAACGCAUUUUGUUCAUUUCCUGCUAUAUAAACUACUCUGUUAGCAUUAGCCAGGUAGCUUGCAUCUGGAAAUCCGACAAGUAUGAUCAGCCUGGCGGUGGAUUAAUCGGCCUAUUGUAACAGAAGAUUCAUUUUUCUCACGUGAAACCGCGAUGUCACACAGUGUAGUAAAGAUUGAUUGUUGUUUGUGUUGUUCCAAAGGCGCUGUCUGAAGUUUAUGUAACGUUACGUUAGGUUUGUAAAGCUUAACAAAACCCAGGAAAACUGGAGAUCACAGCCAGGAAAUAUCUUCAGGAGAGCAGACUAAAGCCCUAUCUGCCUUCAGACUCGUCAGUUUAGAGCAAACAAAGAGGAUAUCCAUCCAAAGCCGUUUCGUUCCAUCUGCAGAAAGAGAAUAAAGCAACAAAAAAAAAAAACAGGCUGAUAUGAUGUUUCCACAAGCCAGGCACUCGGCUUCGUCUCAAUCGACACAGUCGCUCAAAUUCACCACGUCAGACUCUUGUGAUCGCAUCAAAGAUGAAUUUCAGUUCCUGCAGGCCCAGUAUCACAGUCUGAAGCUGGAAUGUGAUAAACUGGCGAGUGAGAAAUCCGAAAUGCAGCGUCAUUACAUAAUGUAUUAUGAGAUGUCAUACGGACUCAACAUUGAAAUGCACAAGCAGGCCGAGAUUGUGAAGAGAUUGAACGGAAUCUGUGCUCAGGUGUUGCCUUACCUGUCUCAAGAGCACCAGCAGCAGGUCCUGGGAGCGAUUGAGCGAGCCAAACAGGUCACCCCUCCUGAGAUGAACUCAAUUAUUCGGCAGCAGCUUCAGGUUCACCAGCUCUCUCAGCUUCAGGGUUUAGCGUUACCCAUGACCCAUCUGCCCCUGGGCCUGACUCAGCACUCCCUGCCCGCCGUCACCUCCAACUCCGGCCUCCUGUCUCUGUCCAGCAUCCUCGCAUCCCACGCGCACCUGGCCAAGGAGGAAAAGAGCUUCCGCGACGCGGCCGACGGCCACCGUGACGAGGACGCCGACAAAUCCGACUAGCCUUCAUAAAGACAGUUUGAUUCUGUCAUGACGGGGUGCAGAAAGAGAGGAGGAGGGAUCGUCUCAGAGGAUUGGGUCUGAUUCACUCUCUCUCUAUCUCUCUCUCUCUGUUCACACUGCAAAUCUUUAUUCUGUAAUUUUGUUUGACUUAAUUUUUGUUUUUUAAUUAGUGAUGUUUGCUAAGGCUCUAGAACUAUUGCUCAUACUUGGGGUUAGUGAUUUGAACAGACCCCUAACCCGGAGUAUUAAACUUCAGCAUGUAACAUACCUCAAAUUGUGUGUCUUGUUGAGGAGAGCUGUAUUAUUACUGUAAGUUUGACUUCUGGUUUUUCUUGGCAGUCAAUAAAAUGGAUGAAAAAAUGCCAUAGAUAUUGACCGAGAGACCCAAAUCGUAUCCAGAGACCUGAAUAUAAUAGUCUUCAUGAUGCAUCAUCCAAUGCUCUAGUAACUGUAUAGCGGCCCUGGCCACUUUUCUAAACACACUCCAAACAACUUGGCAAGAGCACAGCAGCGCCCUAACAACUAAUCAAAUGCCCAAGUCUUUGCAUAGUGCAUUAACAAGCAACCACAGAGUGAGACCCUAGCAUCCACAUAGCAACACCCUAGCAACUGCAAAACUGCCCUGGCAACUACUCCAAACACACAUGUGCAAACAAACACAACGAGCGAUGCCUUGGCAAUUAACCAGAUUGGCCUGGUAGCACUCUAGCAACAGUAGCAUUAAUAUUGUUAUUAAUGUUUAGAGCAUUUUUAAUAUAAAUAAGCACCAGUUCAGCUGCGAUACCAAACAGGACCAGAGGAAGACCUCUAAACCUGCUUCCUUAACCUGACUGUACAUGCUACUAUACGGAUCCAUUGAGAAUAACCAAAACAACAAAACACCGUUUUUAUUAUAAAACACUCAAAACAUUCGAAACAUCUAAAACAACUUCCAAAUAACGACGGCAGCAACCAAUCCAAAUGCCCUAGCGUUUGCAUAGCAAUGCAUCAUUCAUAACUCUUAAACAACCACCCAGAAUGUUCUGUUAGUGGCAUAGCAACAUGCUAAAACAAUAGAACACCCUAGCAACCAUACCAAUGCCUUGGCAACCACCUGAAACAGCCGAGCACUUGAUUGUGAUGUUGUUGUGUGUGUUUGAGUUGGCCGGUCAGUGUUCGGUUUAUGUCAGAUAAGCCUGCAGUCCAUUCUUCUCUUAGCUACUGUUCAAUAUAUUUCAUCUUAUUCUAUUCUGGGCAUGUCUAGUUAAGGGUUUUAACACUAGUGAACCUUUCGCUGGAUUAUUCCUAGUGAUUUACAUAAAAAGGUGACGCGCUAUCUAUAUUGGCCAAGCAUCUGUGUGGGAAAGUGACAGGCCCCAGAACACACAGAGAUAUUCCCAGUUCAGACCCAUAUCCUGGAAUCUUUUCUGUGUCAUCCUGGCUUGCAGUGAAUGUGGUUUCAUGUUUGUCCAGCAGGUGGCAGCCACUGAGUGUGUGUGUGCUGAAGGAUUGGUGCAGAUGUAUUGGGUUAUUUGAAAUGGCAUACUAUCAUACUACUACUACAGCAGUGGUUUUCAGUAGUUUUUAGCUUUUUGGUUGAUAUUGACUAAAAUGAUGUUAUUAGUAGCUAUAAAGCAUUUCAAGUUAACUAUAAAUAUGAAAAUAAUUAAACUAAAAUGCAAACAAAAAAAUCAAGAUUUAAGACUGAAAUGUAUUUCUUAUAUAAUAUAAUAAUAAGAAUACAGUAAUGAAAUGUUUUUUUUUUAUCUCAAUAACUAUUGUUUAAAUGAAGUUAUUGAAAUCUCUAAGAUAAAAUACUUCACAAUAAGGUCUCGUUUGUUAACAUUAGUUAAUGCAUUAAGUAUAUGAGCAAUUGAUUUUUAACACUCUUAUUAACCUUUGAUAAUGUUCAUGUUAGUUUAAGUUAUCAGAUAGAACUUUUGAUUUGAAUAAUUCAUCCCUAAACGUCGAAAUUGACAUUUAAGAUUAAUAAAUGCUGUAGAAGUAUUGUUCAUUUCAACUAAUAUAGUUAACAAGUGAAACCUUAUUGUAAAGCAUUACCAGUAUAUCAGUGCUCACAAUUUUUCUUAAUAAAAAAGUAGCUGUCAUAAUUUAAGGCAGUUUAAUAAAUCUAACCGUGAUUUGCAGAAUAACCUUUUUUUUUUACAUGGACACUACUUGCUGAAUGAAACCUGCAAAAUGACGAGCUCAUCCCAAUGCGGCACACAGUACUUAGUAUGCUAGUAUUCCAGGCUGUUUUAAAGACAAGACUACCUAAGGUUGUACAUAGGCACUGGUGCAUUGUGGGUAUUUUAUGAUUGUGCAUUCCUGGACAUUUAUUUCUCGUAUGUGUCUAGGGAGUAUUAGUUUGUCCCAUGAUGCUUUGUAUUUUCAGUUUUUCAGUACACCAGUGCUGAUUGAUGUAUGCUAAGAAACGCUCACCGUUGAGCCCUUGGUUUCUUAUGUUAAUCUCUAAAUUAAGUUUUCUGACUUUUAUUCUUUAGAUGUUUUUGCUUGAUUUCAAAAACUGUCUGCCAAUUUAUAUACAUCAUGUAUAAAUAUAUCAAUAUACAUUUAAUUUUGUAAACAAUUUUGUAUGUAUAAAGCUAUGUUUAUGGUGUAUGUGGCCCAGGCUAUACAGAAAUCUCUGAUCAUUUAGUCGUCAAAUCGAACAUUUCCGCUCUGCUUUGUUCAGUUGUGCGUAGCACUGGCUGGUCUCGACUAGUUCUAGUUGCUAAAGGGUAAAUGAUUUGUUCAGAGGUUCUGACUUGGUCUCAAUCUCAUGAACAUCAGCUGAAAAAGCGUUCUGUAAAUCCACUGACACGAGCGAUUCCUGAAGCCUCCGUCUUCAGACAGUUCUCAUCUGAUAUUUGCCACAUUUUGAAGCUUUGUAGUAGUUUUUUUUUUUUUUUUUUUUUCAAAUGUGCGUGUGUUGUAUGUAACAUGAUGUUCUUGAUGGAAAUGUAUGUUGUUUGUGCUAUUAUAACUUCAUUUAAAGAUGAUUGUUGGAAGAAAAAAGGUUAAAACAUUUACUAUGAGAGAUUGAGCAGUAAGGAAGUAUUUAUGGUGCCUUACAAAUAAAAGCUUCAUUGGACCUUUA